CCCACGUCUGCACAGGGAAAGCCUCUCUCCUCUCGCAGGAAACUACUUCACUACAGGAAUAGGAGGCGAGAUGGAGAACGUUCCGGAAUUCCUCGCGCGCGGUGUGGAAGGUCUGCUGACUGAUCUAGAAGUGCCAUGAAAGCACCAUGAAAUCUCCUCUGGCCUGUGUUGUGACCACUAAACUUAAUAUAAAGUGACUGACCCUGACAUCCUGAACAUCACAGCAACAUCCAGGAAACUUGUCUUCGUAGCAGUUUGUCUUUGUCAUGGAAAACAUCACGCACUUGGCCGCAGUGUUUGUGGACCCCCACGGCCAAAUGCCCACAGAAGAACAUGAUCCCUUCCAGGACCUCUAUGAUAUGGACUAUGGGGUCCCAGCGGAUGAGAUGCCGGACACCACGCAGGGGCUAGCGUAUUUUGUGGCCACCAUUGUUAUCGGAGUCGUUCUUGUCUGCAUCAUGCUGGUGUGCGGCAUCGGCAACUUUCUGUUCAUAGCCACUCUGGCCCGGUACAAGAAGCUGCGGAACCUCACCAACCUUCUGAUCGCAAAUCUGGCCAUCUCAGACUUCAUCGUGGCUGUGGUGUGCUGCCCUUUCCUGGUGGAUUACUAUGUGGUGAAACAGCUGUCCUGGGACCAUGGAAAAGUGCUGUGCGCCUGCGUGAACUAUCUUCGAACUAUGUCCUUAUAUGUGUCCACCAAUGCCUUAUUGGCCAUCGCUGUGGACAGAUACAUGGCAAUUGUUCACCCCUUAAGGCCGAGGAUGAAGCAUCAGACAGCCUACUGCCUGAUCACUGGAGUGUGGAUUGUUCCAGUCCUCAUAUCCAUCCCUUCUGCCUACUUCACUUCUGCGAAUAAGGUGCCCCACAGUGCCAACCUCAGCAAGACCUUCUGCGCUCAGAUCUGGACGGUGGACAAACAGCUCUACUACCGAUCCUACUUCAUUUUCAUCUUCGCCGUGGAGUUCCUGGGCCCUGUCAUCACCAUGGCCCUGUGCUACAUCCGCAUCUCCAGGGAGCUGUGGUUCAAGAACGUGCCCGGCUUCCAGACGGAGCAGAUCCGAAAACGCUUGCGCUGCCGGAGAAAGACGGUCAUGGUGCUCAUUGGAAUCCUCACAGCAUACAUUCUGUGCUGGGCCCCGUACUAUGGCUACACCAUCCUGCGCGACUUCCACCCAACCAUCAUCUCUAGGGAGAAGAACUCACUGGUGGCCUUCUACAUCAUCGAGUGCAUCGCCAUGAGCAACAGCAUGAUCAACACCUUCUGCUUCGUCAGUGUGAAGAACAACACGGUGAAGUACUUCAAGAGAAUUGUUCUGCUUCGCUGGAAGUCCACCUACACCUCCAGGAAGACAGUGGAUGAGACAGAGGUGAGGACGCUGUCCAUUCCUGUGACAGAGGAGAUUGACUGCAUACAACUGAGGUGAAGAUUGGCAGCAGUUGUAUGCCACUGAUCAUUCAAAGCAAGCUAAAGGCCUGGAGUCCUGGUGCUCCUGGUGGAGAAUAGGAUUUGCUGACAUUGCAUAGCAAAGAUAUUAACCCUAACUGGGUAACCAGUGACCCUAUCUAUGAACUGCAAUGAGCCAAGCUAAUGUUUUUUUUGGAAAGGCUGUACAGAUAAAAGCUUUGCUCGUUUACUUUGACCACUUGUUACUGGCACAAAGUUUUGUGAGGUCCUACUGAAUGUAAAAUGGCAGCUUCCGUCAACAUGUUCAGUUCCAUCUCCAAUGCAGAGGAUUAAAGUGACUCCUGAGACGUUAGGCGGACGCACUGUUCAUGUAGUGGUGAUUUUGUGUACAGUAUAUUGUUACGCAGUACAAUUUUGGUGAUUUUUGACAUGUUUUUCAGUGGAAAUGUGCAAUAUUCAUGCUGAUAGAAUGUUCAUAAUUCAACCUAAGUACAAGUAUAUUAUUAUUCUGAAUAUUUCUCUCUAUGUUUUUGAUGCUAUGUCUUGAGGUGCAUGUAAGUGAAAAAUAAUUCUUAUGGCACUGUUACUGAAGACACAUUUAGGGCUGUUUCUGAAAGGUAUUAUUCAUAUCAGCUGAAGGACAUGACAAGUGGACCAAUGGAUUUUCAGAAAUUCUUACAUUUUUAUUUAUUCUGUGGUAAUUUAUCAAUGUCAUAGUGUGUGAUAUGUUAUUUGUGCAUGGAAUAAUUUCAAUUUGAGAAAAAAAAAUUGUAGCUAUGUAUGUUUUUAUCAGUGGCUAACUAUGAUAUUUGUUUGAAAUAUAUGGUAAAAUAGUUCCAGGUGUUUUUCUUGUCUUCACAUUAGAAGACAGAUCAGUUCAACUGAAGUUGAAGAAUCAAUUUCACUCGAUUUACUUCAUAUGUAAGGCAAAAGGUUUUAUUUUUUAUGUAUUUCUUUGGGGGGGAUUCUAUUUUUU